UCUUUCAUCGCUGUCGCCCCCCCAAAAACACGGGAAAUCGUAUCCCCGUGUUCCCCACCUUGCUGAGAUCGAACUGAAUCGGCUAAUAGCCUACAACCUACCUUCCGAGACAGCAAUGCACCUCAGCUACUUCUUCCCACUUCUACUUGGCCUCGGCCUUCCUCUGGCCUCUGCCUAUGAGCGGAUCCCGGCCAACGACACCGCGCCUUGCCCUCAUCCAGACGACAUCGUCUACUCCCCGUUCACCCCAUGGUUUAACUUCUACUCCGGCGGCAAACGCUCAUCUUUCUGCUGGAAAGCUGCCAUCUGCACCCUUGAGCCCGCUGACGAGGCGCGCAAACAGCAGUUCGGCGCCACGGCGCUGGUCAUGGGUCUGCUUCCACUUACGCUGCGCGACAUCGCCUGGCCUGAGCGGAGAAUCGUGUUGGUUUCUGCGCCGUUGCCGCGGCUCGCGGCAGUGGUGGUUAGGGGGUUGGGACUGGAACCAACGGUCAAGCGAGAGAUGAUGACGUGGGGAGAGGAUGAUGUGCAUCGGUGGAUGACGUGGGUACGCGGGAGUUGGUUCGCAGGGUUUGCGCGGCAGUCGAAGUCUGCGAUGAGAAUGCUGCUUGCAGUAUGCUUUGCAGCGUUGAUGGUGACGUAUGGGGCACUAGCGGUGGUGGAGUUGUAUUCAAAGGGCAGCGCGCUGGGCUGUACCUAUCCAGUUUUCGCGGUGACUUGGUGCAUUACCGGCGUUCUUCCGGCGAUUGUGCAUACUUUGUUUGAAAGCUGGCGCCGGCGGAAGGAUGUAAACGGGCAAACCAAAACGGGCAGGCCUUCUGCAGUGCAGGGUGUUGACGAGGCAUGGCCUGUGCAGCUCUCGUGGGCGAUUUACUACACUGCUGGGACGCUGAUAUACACCUCAAUCAUGGCCGUGACAGUCCUGGAGCUUUUUGUGUGGGUUGCUAUUCAGCUUUGUGUGACUGCGGCGAGCAAGCUGCUUGCUCUAUAUAUCUGCAUAUCGCUGCGUGAUCCUGUCGAGGAUGAUGCUACAUUGGACCUUUCCGCGGCCACGGAGAAUGGUGGCCCGUUGAAAGCUGACAGAUAACCAGCACAAUAAUGGAACAACGGAGAUUCAUCUGAGAGACCGCAUCGGGAAGAUAAUACCAUGGGAUGUCCGGGAACGAGCAAUGCGCAGUGUUGGCUGUCAUCAUUCUCACUUGAGUUUGUCAUGUUGCAGAUGGAUGGCCACUAUGAUGUACAGUACAUUUCUGACACUGUAGGUAACACGUUGCUAUGAGUUUGUAAAUAGACUAAGCGAAAUAAUAAACAACAUACAUCCAUUAA